CUAACGAUGUUUGUCAGCUACCUGAUACUGACCUUGCUCCACUCGCACACAGCAGCGUUAGCAAGACCUGCGGGAGAGAGCAUUGGCUGCGAUGACUAUCUGGGUUCAGACAAAGUGGUUGACAAGUGUGGAAUAUGUGGAGGAGACAACACUGCUUGCAAAGUUGUGUCUGGAGUUUUCAAACACACACUAACUAAUCUUGGCUACCACAAGAUAGUGGAAAUUCCUGAAGGAGCUACUAAAAUCAACAUCACAGAGAUGUACAAGAGCAACAACUAUUUGGCCCUGCGGAGUCGGUCAGGACGGUCCAUCAUCAAUGGAAACUGGGCAAUCGAUCGGCCUGGGAGGUACGAAGGCGGCGGGACCAUGUUCACCUAUAAGCGCCCCAAUGAGAUCUCCAGCACYGCGGGAGAGUCGUUUUUAGCUGAUGGCCCAACAAAUGAAGUCCUUGAUGUCUACAUGAUACAUCAGCAGCCUAAUCCAGGUAUACAUUAUGAGUAUAUCAUUCCAGGAGACAAUGUCAUUAGUCCUCAGUUGCUUGCUCACAGGAGGCCAGGGGAGCCCUUGAAUGGUCAGUUAGAAAUUCCAGAAGGUACAAAUCACGAGGAUGAGGAUUUGCAUAGGGAGACAGACACUCGCACUGGACAGUCAACUGGAAGUUUUCCAGUUAUUCAGCCAGGAAGAUUUUCUUCUCAUCAGCCAGAAAACCAGGUGCCUGCUGUGCAGCCACCAAGACAAAACCGGGAACACAACUGGAAACAGAUUGGGAAAACUGAGUGCACCACUACAUGUGGGAAAGGGUCUCAGUACCCCAUUUUCCACUGUGUCAACAGAGUCACUCAUGAGGAGGUUCCUGAGGGCUACUGUGACAGCAGCACCAAGCCUUUUCCUGAAGAGGAGGCCUGCAACCUCUUCCCAUGCCCAGCUUUCUGGGAUAUAGGGGAGUGGUCGGAGUGCAGCAAAACAUGCGGUCUUGGUAUGCAGCAUCGGCAGAUCUUGUGUCGCCAAAUGUACGCCAACCGCACGCUGACGGUUCAGCAGUACCGCUGCCAGCACCUGGAGAAGCCGGAGACAACCAGCACCUGCCAGCUGAAGAUCUGCAGCGAGUGGCAGAUCCGCACGGAGUGGACUUCGUGUUCAGUACCCUGUGGAGUGGGGCAGAGGACUCGAGAUGUGAAAUGUGUCAGUAACCUUGGAGACGUUGUUGAUGAUGAGGAGUGUAACAUGAAGCUGCGUCCGAAUGAUAUUGAGAACUGUGAUAUGGGUCCCUGUGCAAAGAGCUGGUUCCUUACAGAAUGGAGUGACAGGUGCUCGGCGGAGUGCGGGGACGGCGUGCGGACGCGUGCCGUGGUCUGCAUGACCAACCACGUGAGCAGCCUGCCCCUGGAGGGCUGCGGCAACAACCGGCCCCCCGAAACCACGGCCUGCAACAACGGCCCCUGCGCCGGCAGAGUGGAGUGGUUUGCUGGCAGCUGGACUCAGUGUUCUACUGAAUGCGGCAGUGGGACUCAGCAGAGAGAAGUCAUUUGUAUUAGGAAAACGGAAGGUAAUUUUGAUGUGUUGAACCCUCAUGAAUGUUCAUAUUUGGAAAGACCUCCCAGUCAGCAAUCCUGCCACCUCAAACCCUGUGGUGCAAAGUGGUUUCAUACAGAAUGGAGCACGUGUUCCAAAUCCUGUGAAGGAGGAUUCCGGGUUCGAGAGGUGCGAUGUCUGUCAGAUGACAUGACACCCAGUACUCAGUGUGAUCCACAGCUUAAACCUGAAGAAAAAGAACCAUGUAACACACAAGAUUGUAUCCCAGAAAUAGAUGAGAACUGUAAAGACAAAUACUACAACUGCAAUGUGGUUGUUCAGGCUCGGCUGUGUGUUUACACCUACUACAAAACAGCCUGUUGUGCAUCCUGUACACGUGUGGCAAAUCGACAGUCGGGAUUUCUAGGACGCAGAUAACAAAUACUCUCCUACCCAAAGCAGCAAUAUCUGCCUUCAGAUGGAGCUUGAACAGUGUUACUGUUUUGAUCACAGCAGGUUCUUCCUUCAUAAGAAGAUGGUUUUUAUAUUGCUGAGCACAUCAAGACUGGUUAAAUCUCACACCCUUUCAGUUACACCUAAUAUGCAGUUACAUAUGUUUUUAAAUGUUUGCUGUGAAACCAUGAUCUUUUUAAAGAAGUAUUUUUAAUGAUACUAUUCUUUGCACCUGUUCAUCAGAUAAUCAUUUAAAGAACCUACCAACCAACCUUAAUAUUGAGGAGUUAAUGAAAAGAAAUCAGUCGUAGGCAAUUAUUGAAGAUAUUUGAUCAGUGUGGAUGCAGCUGCUGCAUUAUUUCCUGAGUGUUUACUCUUGCUUGGUAUUUUGGACUGACGUAAAUUAGAACAAAUCAAUGAAACAUGCACAUCAGAAGAAUUACUUCACAAAAAGCCAGUCUCAUGAAGAACCAUUCAUGAUCAGUUUCGUAGCACCCUAAUGUAUGUUUUAAUUACUUCAGUCCAUGCAUAAUAAAUUAUUGUUAAGGUCUCUCAGUUGUACUUUUAACUAAUUCGUGUCCUCUAGCAACAACUAUAUGCACAGCUGACUGCCAAGAAGUGCCUUCAUGUUUAAUUCAUAAAGUUUAGAAGUUACACUUUUCUAAUUUUGUAUGGAUUUUAAAAGCAAUAUAUUAUCCACCAGAGUGCCGCUAGUGUCCAGACUUUUAAGACUUUAGCAACUGCUACUGACGGUGAGUUUGAGAUUUAAAGGUGAGGAAUCUUUGCUAGUAUUAAAGAAAAAAGGUGAUCGUUACUAUCAGCAAAAUCUCUGUCCUGCAAGAUAGUUAUUUCAGUGAACUGGUAUCUGGCCUAACAGCUUAUCUCUGCACAGUUGCUUGAGAACCACCAUCUGAGAUCAUCUACUCUGGAUACAUCACCGAGUAGUUUCAAAACCAGACAAAAGCUGUAGAUCUCUGUGUGUGUUAAUGGUCUGUUACUCUACUACUAGUAUCUACUCUAGUAUCAGGAUGCAGUAAGUAUGACGGUGCUUGCUGAGCAUCUGUAAUUAGGAGAUCUUAACUAUUUUACAGAUUUUGUUGCAAUUGUUACAGCAU